UUUAGAAUCAAUUUACAACUUGAAUUGCCAUGUAAACUAUGCUUUGUAAAUAAGUUUGGCACAAUAAAACAAACAUAAUCUAGUAAAUUCCCUAAAAUAAUUUAAAUUUCGAAUAAAAACAUUUGAAAAUAUAAUCCACUCUUGUAUUUUCAGAAAGAUGUCAUCAAAGAGAAUUCGCAAAGUCAUCGACAUAGCAUUCAGCAACUUAGAUGAAAAAGAAGAUUUCUUUCAGAGGUGGAACAAAUUCCGAAAAAGACAUCCUGCUCUCAAGAACUCGGCAUCGGCCAUGUCAUAUUUGUUGAGCUGUGAAAAACAGGAUUUUGGGAACUAUGAGCAGACCAGUGAAGAUAGCUUCAAUUAUAACAAUUUUAAAACUAUUGACAAGGAAAGAAGCAAAGCCGAACCACUAUUUGUAUGCUGCCCUCAGUCUAUACAGUCUCUCAUAGAAGCAGUUUAUAGACUCGGCCAACUAUAUUAUUUCAAGAGAGAUGGUGUCACUUCACAAAUCGAACAAUUCAGCAACGUUGUUGCCACCUUUACCAUUAGUAACAACCAUUGUACUUUUACAUGGAAGUCAUCCCCAUAUGUAAAAGGUGGUACAAAGUUUUUUGUAAAUGAAAAAAUAGCAUGCGGUACAAUAUGCAGUGGGAUUCUGGACUCCCAUUUCCAGAGAUUUACAAGGGCAUCUAAACUUGGAAACACUUCCACAACUUUUAUAAUAGAUGUUCUAAAGAGGAUUUCACCAGCAGUGUCAAUACAAGCUUCAUUAUCAAUGAGAGAAGCCAUUGACGCGAGUGAAGUACGCUCAGCUGACAACAAACUAACACUUGAAACAGAUGCUUGUUUCUCAGCAUUCAGAAACGCUCAAAGAAGCAUAACAUUUGCCUUAUGUAAUAACACUCACACGAUCGUCGCUAACAAGGUCAAAUCAACUAAAGAUCCAGAAUGCCCAAAUGUUCAGCAACAUGAGACAAUAUCCACUGACGAGAUUUUGCAAGAUUUGCACGACCAAGGUAAACAGGUCCGAUGUAUUGUCCAUGAUUCCAACAAUUCUGUAUCAAAGAUUAUUCAUGAAAAUUUUCCUGAUGUCAAUGACCAAAAUGGCGUAUGGCAUAAAAUAAAGAGCGCGAUGUCUGGUUUCUUGAAAUUAACCAAGGGCACCAAGGAAACUGAAAACAUAACGUGGCAUUCACAGCUCAUAGAUAAGUACGAAGGCGUAAAAAAUCAUUUCUGGUAUUCUAUAAUGAAUUGUGGAAACGACGCAGAUAUUCUCAUUGACAGUUAAGAUGCUAUUGUCUUGCACUAUCAGGGAGAACAUGAAAAUUGCCGUCUUUCGUCUCCAUGUGUCCGGAACCCUCGCUACGUACCAUCUAGGGUCCUGCUAACCGAUCCUGUAGCAGUAAAACUCCUCGCAGACUUCAUAACAAGCACCUCAAUCUAUAAAAAGCCCACUUUUGUAUUGGAAGGACUUACAACGAGUUAUGUAGAGGCUGCAAACAAUGCACUUCGUUCGUUUUUACCAAAGCGGCAAACAUUUGGUGACAUUGCCUUCCAGCUUCGAACCAAUUUGUUCAUCUUAGAUUGGAAUGAAAACAUCAAUAGACCAUUUAUAAGAAAAACUGACCCUGCCCUGGAUGGAACACCACGUGAGAAUAGUGGAAGGAAAUACUCAACAAGAAAGUCUUAUGAAUAUACUCAAAAGAUAUGGGAACAGUUUUUACUCGAAGUUCCAAAUUAAUUACAUUUUGUUACAUUCAAAAUACUGUCCAUGCUUUGUUACUACUAACAUACUAUGUUCUUUGAUGUAUCAAUAAUGAAAUACUGCAAGUACUAAAAAUAAUGUUUGAUGGCUACUUAGUGUUACCUCAUUGCAAUUAGCAGCACUGUGGUGAAUUGUUUGCAUCAUUUUACAUGAACUCGGCGUCACGUAAUUUGGCGCUCAUCACAGAGAUAACACAUUUACAAAACCACGACAACUAAGAUGUAUUUCAAAAUAAUUUUAUGCUUUUGUAAUCAAAUCAGUAUUACUAUCAAAAUCUUAAAUCCAUUUGUGUCCCAUAUAUGGCACUCCAUCUUGGUUUGGGUAUUUGUGUCUCACCAUCUGGAAAGAAAAUAUAACGUAGGUUUGGACAGGGUGAAUUGUAUAUUUGGUGAUAAUGGUGCGAUGGUUACCAGCAGGCAAAUAAUGUUAUACAAAUUUGUAAAUAUGCAUAAAAAUAUAAUAUUUUAUUAAAGUGAAUAAAAGUAGUGUAAU